UUAUCAUUCCUCUUUGUGCAUUUCCUCACUUCCAACUUGGUUAAUGCAUGAGGUCUCGUUGUGAAUUAUAUUUAUAUUUGUCUUUGUAUUCUACUGCUCAGUAAUCACAUGGUGGAUUGGUGGGGAGGCUCAAGGAAUAUUCAUUAAUCAAAAUGAUUUUUGAUUGAUAGCUGUGUCUGUGUGUUACACGAGAAAACAAAACAUAAAGCAGAAGAAAGAAACAAGAGUCAUAGUUGGCGUUCUUUUUGAAUACAUUAUCACAGCGGUAGGUAAGUGAAAAGAAGCUCCAAAGGAAAAUCCUCUCUCCCUCCCUCCAUUAAAGCAUCAACCUCCAUCCCUCUUCUCUUCAAAAUUUUCAAACUCUUGAAUAGCAUCAAUCGUCCUUAUAAAAAAAAAAAAAUCUUCGAACCAGGUUCGAAACAAAAAAAACGUUUAGAAAAAAAAACAAUGAAAGGAUCCUCACUCUUAAACCCCAUCGCCCAGCGUCUACAAGGCAAGGUCGCCUUCAUCACCGGCGGCGCCAGCGGCAUCGGCGCCGCCACCGCCCGCCUCUUCGCCCGCCACGGCGCCAAGGUCGUCAUCGCCGACCUCCAGUCCGACCUCGGCCGCUCCGUCGCGGACGAAAUCAGCUCCGAAGUCUCCACCCCCAACGCCGUCACCUACUCCCGCUGCGACAUCACCAGCGACCCCGACGUCGGCGCCGCCGUCGACGCCGCCGUCUCCGCCCACGGCAAGCUCGACGUCAUGUUCAGCAACGCCGGGAUCCCGGGGAAGGACAACAUGCUGAUGAGCAUCGCCACGCUGGACCCCGCCGAGCUGGCGCGUGUCUUCGCGGUCAACGUCUUCGGCGGGUUCUACGCCGCGAAGCACGCGGCGCGCGUGAUGGUCCCGAACGGGAGCGGGAACAUCAUCUUCACCGCAAGCUCCGUGGCCGCGACGCACGGGAUCUCGUCCCACCAGUACUCCGCGUCGAAAGCGGCCGUGGUGGGGCUGAUGAAGAACCUGACCGUGGAGCUCGGGCAGCACGGGAUAAGGGUGAACUCGAUCUCGCCGUGCGGGAUGGCGACGCCGUUUGGGUUCGCGGCGUCGGGGAUAACGGACCCGAAGUUUAUCGAGGAGGUUGUAUCGGCGAAGGUUGGGCUGAAGGGGGCGGUUUGUCGGGUCGAUGACGUGGCGGAGGCGGCGCUUUACUUGGCGAGUGGGGAGUCGAAGUAUGUUAGCGGGCUGGAUGUUUUGAUCGACGGCGGUCACAGUUUGAAGAGUGCCUGAUUGUGGGCCCCACUGGAGUUGCUGGGCUGUGCGGGCCCAUAAGGAGUUGGUGGGCUGUGUCGGUCCAAUUUGUCACGUUUUGAUUAUCUUUGUGUUUUUGUUUUUAUUUAAUUGCCAAUUGAUAUGUCCGGAAAUUCAGACAUUAUGGGCUCAGGACAGGAGGAUAAUGUUUGUUAUUUUGUGGAGUCUCUUUCCAACUUCUAAUAAUGAAUUUGCUACCGCAAUAAUUCUGGUCUCAUACAUUACUAGGGAGUCGUUUGGAUGGGCCAAUUAUCCAACGAGUCAAUUUGAUAAAAAGACUCAUUUGAG